AUGUCACGCGACAUUCGGCAGCGAGCGCUGCAGAAGAUCGCCGCGUUGUCUGCUGCCAGCUCUACCACAUCUUUCGACCGAUCCGACCUUGACCGUUUGGCCCGCGCAUGCCAUACAACAAGCAGGCUUUCGCCUGUAACCAAUGGACACUGUUCAAAGCAAUCGUCUUCACUUGGCAGGGUGCCAAUGACUAUUCGCGAAUUCGAAGUCCUCCUGGCUCUCUGCAAGGCUGCCCCCGCCGUCAGGACCGGUCAAAGUGCCCAAAGACUGGCCCACCAGUUAGCACCGUAUAUCCGCGAAGCGCACGUUCAGGUCUUUGUACCGUCGCCGUUCUUUAAGAAAGUCGAGCCGUCUCCGACCGAAGCCUUCGCCUUCCAUGUCACUGCUGCCUUGUUGUCCCUCGGCUCCAACUUCCAUGACUUGGAGGAGUCGGUCUCGGAUAGUAUUUGGGCUUUUAUUAAUGCAUGGGGCCAUCUAGCUGGUGCCGUAUUGCCGGCCAAUUCCGACGACAGCGAAGACCCUAGCCUGGAAGAUGCGAUACAAACGGCGACUCUUGCCGUCUCCCUCAUUGGCUUUCUCGACGCUGCCUCAGCACAGGCUGACUUUUGGAAAGCGGGUGGCAGGCUGGCUUUGAUCCAGAGAAUCAGUGGACUGCUGUCAGAGCCGUUUCUAAUAGCCGUCGAGACGGCAUUUUCAACCAUACGGCAUGCGCAUAGCACGGAUCGCCAGACUAAGGAGUGGAAGAGAUAUGUCCGCCAUUACUCCGCCAGUGGACGGCCUCUUGGAGCUAUGCUCCUCCAGAGGAGCGUCAUGUGGCUCCUUGUCGCCGGCACCUCGCUCCUGGUCACAGAGCCAACCUUGCUCAAGAAGACGCACAUCCUCGACCUCCUCUUGACAGGGAAAAAGGACCUUCGACCCUCUUCACCCCGUAACCGUGACGUGGACUUGCGCUCGCUGGAUUUCUAUGCUACUAUGGCCAUGGACCAGAUGAACUACCUUGAGGCUAGCGCUGAUUUCAUUAAACUCGGGUCGCCCUUGGACCAGAAACUCGCCUUUACCGUCAAGUCAGCUGCCUUGAUCAGCUACCUCAACUGCCUAUUGCUAAACGAAGAUGCAGCCGAUGCGGACCUGCUCAUGACAUGGCUAGAAGAGGCAUUGGGAGAUCCACUCCAGAUGGCCGAUGGGGUCCUAGCUUCUGUUAUUCUGAAGACGUUGGCUCUGAUUUGUGUCAUCUCGCCGACUUAUGCUACAUCUGUCAGCCGUCUUUUACCCAGGUUUAUCGUCCAAGCCGGCCCCGACUCGGAGACAGUUGCCAUUGCGUCCAAAUGUCUCGCUCACGUUCUGCAGAGGCUUUCUCACGAUGCGGUCAUCACUACGCUGUAUACACUCGGCAACGUUUUGAGCCCCGGCUCAGACAGGACUCUGACAAGCGGCGCCAACGGGGGCGAUAUGACCGCAGACGGCCUGGGUGCGGUGUAUCUCGGGAGGCAUUCGGCUGGUAGCAGCAUCUCCCUCCAGGUCCAUGGCAAAGAAGAGACCUCUGUCGUCUGGAAAAACGUCAUCCAAGCCGUAUGUGGCAUCGCCGCUGCAUGUGACGACGAGAUGAUCACGGCCCUGGCGCAGUCCAUGCUGCUGCAGAAGCUUGACAAGAUUGACCCUGCUAUCGAUGCCCGCAUUAUCACUGGCGCGGCUGCGCUUGCUUUAAAGGGCGGGCAACUUGAGUUCCGCUCCCUCUUGAAACUGUACUCCAAGAUGUCUCACACUGGUGUUGUUGAAAACAGGACAUUUCUUCUCGAUGCCGUGAUGAAAGCCCGGGUUCGUCUGUCCACGAAUCUUCGGAGAGGAUCGCCUCUCUACGAUAUCUACUGGGAACAUCUCCUAGAGAGCAUCCUCUCGAUCGGCGACGUUCAUCGGUCUCAUCAGAUUAAAGAAUCCGACCUCCAACUUGCUGCCCAGGAGAUUGCUCAGCUGCUUCGGCCGCUGGCUGUCCUUAUGUCAACAAACGACCUCGCCUUCAACUCAUCUUCGGAUGACGAGUCUCAUGCGAUGCUCAGGGACGUCUGGUUCAACAUCGUUGUUCACGGUCUCGCCGCGCAGACCGACCUUGGGAGGCAAUAUCUCGACGAACUUCGUCUGAUGGCUAUCCACUCGCCGCCCCUGGUUACGGAGCAGCGUGGUGAGCAGAUUGAAAGCGAUAUUGAGCUCAACACUGUUCUCCGUCGCGGGAUGAGUUCCGAGAGAGAGGCCUUGCAGAAGAAGCAACUCAUCAAUUUGGUUCCUACCAAAGCUGGAGACAUAAAAGGGCUAAGCUACCGCAAGGUCAUCUUCUUGCAAUCGGCCUACCUUGUCGAAAGCCUACGCGCGGAUUCGGGAGACUGUACAAAAGUGAUGUCGUACUUCUUGGAGCCGAGCAUGCACCGGAAUGAUGUCCACAACACCAUGGAAGAAGUAGCGGCCGCUGUGGUUGAUAGGUAUCUCCGCAAGACGCUUGCAGGGAACGACUCGAGCUUUUCGGCACAGUACGCUGCAGCUCAACUGGCCACCAUUUUCUGCAAUUGUUGCCAUCGGAUUGAGCGAGUGCAGCAAGCGGCGUUCGUCUGUGCAGACCGCAUUAUCAAGGAAGUGCCAUCCGCUCUGUGCCAUCGAUCUUCCCUCUUUGCACUUCUGGAGCUGCUGUCUCUUAUGUGGUCUAGUUGCGUAGAGGCUGAGACGGAUAUGUAUUCUCCGCGCUCCAACUUUACGUCCACCUUGGGCGAUGUGUGGGUCGCUCUCUCCGACGAUUACGACUUCCGCCGUCAUACGCUCGAUGCCCUGUACCGCAAGGCCAAACAAUGGGUAUCGGGUGUUAUCGCCACCGCCCCCCUUGAUGUCAAGGGACUCCUUCAGACGUACCUGUCUGAGUUCAACGACGGGGGGGCUUACGGGCAUAUCUCCCUUGGGAGAUCCUUUGCGCUCGAGCUGGCGUCACUCAUUCCAUUUACGGACCACAAGAUGCAGUCCUUGGAUCCCGUCGGGAGUUGCAACAUCAACGAUGCUUCAGAUUUCGUCGCUCAGUAUACGACACGCCAAGAAUAUCGAUAUGGCGAGACGCUGCCUGACCGUGGCACCGAGCUGGUGAGCUUCAUGCACUUGAAUCGCAGCGCAUCGUUCACCCAGUCAUCCGUAUCAUCGGCUUCAGAGAGUACCAACGCAGCCACAGCGCUUGCUCACGUUGAAGCACGCCUGAAAAGCAAGAAAGCUGCGGGCCUCGGCGAGGUCCGCGACAUACUGCGGCGUGCCGCUGCUCUCCUAUGUCGCACUAACCGUGAUGAGUCUGAUGUGGCUCACUACCUCGUGAGCAUUCCGUUUACCAUGUUCACCAGGGAGUCUGUCAAACUGGGAGUCUCGCUGUGGCUCGGUGUCAUCAAUGAAAAUCCGCGGCUGGAGCCAAGACUCCUGUCUGAAAUUGCACAACAGUGGGAAUUCACGAUACAACGAGGGCUUGGACUAUUUAGUCGAGAGUUAGCACAUCCCGAUCCGUUUUACCUCCGCAAGGAAUUAGCUCCUAGCGAUCUCGAGGGGAUUGCGAGGCACAAGCAGCACGUCCACGACGUCUUAUCCCCCCAUAUGCGCCUAAUCCAGUUCUUCGGUAGCCAUUUCAAUGCCACGCGUCUGGGGAGUCCCGACAUCCAGCGGAUCUUCCUCCGACUGCUCGAUUUUACCCUCCAAGCAAUUCGGACGUCAACGUCGCAUCCCAUGGCUAGAGAGUUGAGGUAUCAGAUCGUUCUCUUCGGACUGAAGGUCCUCCGUUUCUGUACUACGAUUGGAUUGGUUGCUCAGUUGCGGCUGAAGGAUCAGCUUCUCUCCGCCGGCCUCAGCUGGUUCAAAGCCGCGCCGAGAUGGUCAUAUGGCAGCAACAAUCUUCAACUGAAAACUGAACUUCGACUUCUUUCGGACGUUGCGGCCGCACUGAAACAGGUCUCGCAUAUUGCGACGGACAGCACCGGCAAUACUCGUUCUCUCCAGGCCAGGGAACAGCUUUUGCAACUGCUCAUUGAGAACGAGUACAAUCGUCUCUCCGUUUGGGUUCACCCCCUGGAACCUCACAAAGCCCACACGCUCGGUCACAACCCUCAUAAGACCUCAGUAGAGAAUGCUAUCGCUCCUCUCGUCAGGACUGCUUGGGCAGAAGAUCCAGCGAUCGCUAUUGAACUGGCAACGAUAUUCCAGAUGCCACGCAUCCAUAAGGAAGUUCGCUGGCUGCUUUUGAAUUUUCCCGCGAUAGCAGUGUCCGACCCAGAAGCCCUGCCCAUUCUCUUAGACGGCGCGCUGCCUGAAGAUGUCAGCUUUCAGUUGAAGUACUUGCUAUUCUGGGCUCCUGUAAACCCAGCCACGGCGGCAACGUACUUUCUGCCGGCCUACCGGAAUAAUCCGUACAUGAUACAAUACGCGAUGAGGGCGUUAGAGAGCCAUUCCACCGACGUGGCCUUCUUUUACGUCCCUCAAAUUGUGCAGACGCUUCGCUAUGAUGCACUGGGAUAUGUCGAACGAUACAUUCUGGAGACGGCCCAGUUUUCGCAGUUGUUUGCGCACCAGAUCAUUUGGAAUAUGAAGGCGAACGCCUACAGGGACGACGAUGGGACAAUCCCGGAUGACAUAAAACCGACCCUGGAUACCGUCAUGGAAAAGAUGGUGUCGAGCUUUAGUGAUGUUGACCGAGACUUCUACGAACGAGAGUUUGCCUUCUUUGAUGAAGUGACAAGUAUUUCAGGAAAGCUGAAGCCCUUCAUCAAGCGACCGAAGCCCGAGAAGAAACAGAAAAUCGAGGAGGAGCUGCGCAAGAUCAAGGUAGAGGUUGGAGUCUACCUGCCUAUCAGCUCGGAUGGCGUUGUCAUCGGUAUCGACCGCAAAUCCGGCAAACCACUACAGAGCCACGCCAAGGCGCCGUACAUGGCGACCUUCCGGGUCAAGAAGAAUAAAGCAGGUUCGGCACAGGGUGAGAACAUGCUGGAAGAGGCAGGGAAGAGCGGCAAUCAGCCCAAGGACGACCAGACGAUCGAGGUUUGGCAGUCGGCCAUCUUCAAGGUCGGCGACGAUUGUCGGCAGGACGUUCUCGUCUUGCAGAUGAUCAGCGCAUUCCGGGGCAUUUUCCAUAACGUCGGGCUGGAGGUGUUUGUGUACCCGUACCGGGUCACGGCCACUGCUCCGGGGUGCGGUGUCAUCGAGGUGCUGCCCAACUCCAUCUCCCGCGACAUGCUCGGCAGGGAAGCCGUAAACGGUCUAUACGACUACUUCAUCUCCAAGUAUGGCAACGAGGACUCCCUCCGAUUCCAAAAGGCCCGCAACAACUUCGUCAAAAGCAUGGCCGCCUACUCGAUCAUCUCCUUCUUGCUGCAGUUCAAGGACCGUCACAACGGCAACAUCAUGAUCGACGACGCCGGUCACAUCGUCCACAUUGACUUUGGGUUCUGCUUCGACAUUGCGCCCGGCGGCAUCAAGUUCGAGCGGGCUCCCUUCAAGCUCACCGCCGAGAUGAUGGCCGUCAUGGGCGGCUCCACAGAUCACCAGACCUUCCAGUGGUUCGAGGAGCUCUGCGUGAAGGCGUUCCUUGCGAGCCGCCAGUACUGCGAGAAGCUGAGUCAGAUCGUCCUGCUCAUGAUGGGCAGUGGGCUGCCGUGCUUCAAGCCGGAGAGCGUCAAGCACUUCAAGGAGCGCUUCGUCUUGGAGCGCAGCGAGCGUGAAGCCGCUGGGUUCAUCAGGGACCUCAUCCGGAAGAGUGCCGACAACUACUGGACUGGUAUUUACGACCAGUUCCAACUUCUCACCAACGGGAUUCCCUAUUAA